GUCAUGAACUUCCCCACAUGCGGUGCCGGGGACUGGGAGCAUAUCAUAGCUAUAGGUGAGGGAAGAGGAGCGUCAGUCAGUAUACCGGUGUACAUCUCGCCAUGGACAAUACUGUCGUAACCCUGCACGGCGUGAACGACCUGCGCAUGGAGAAGCUUCCCGUUCCGGAAGUGGAUCGCGAUGAGGUGCUGAUACGCGUCACUAAGGUGGGCCUGUGCGGGUCUGAUCUGUGCUCGGUGUACAAAGGCACGCACGGGGAUCUCAAGAUUGGCCUGCCCUGCGGCAUGGGGCACGAGGCGGCGGGAGUGGUCACCAAGUGUGGCCAAGACGUCACGCAUGUCAAACCUGGCGACCGAGUGAUUAUCGAGCCGGGAACCUUCUGUCGCAAGUGUGAGCUCUGUCUCACUGGAAAGCACAACGUAUGUGCCAACUCCAGCUUCCACAGCUCACCGCGCUUCUAUCCCGGCUGUCUCGCCCGCUACUACAAGCACAAAGCUCUCCUUGUGUUUAAGUUGCCGGACUCCGUCAGUGACGAGGAGGGCGCCGUGGUGGAGCCGCUGGCUGUCGCUGUGCACGCCUGCCGCCGCGCCGUAGUAUGGGCAGGUUGCAACGUGCUGGUGACGGGCGCGGGGCCCAUCGGCCUGCUGUGCCUCAGUGUUGCCAAGGCUCUGGGUGCCACCAACAUCUUGAUUACCGAUAUCAAGGAGAGCCGCCUGACGAUGGCCAAGCAGAUGGGGGCGGAUCACACCCUGCUGGCGACCUCCGGUGACGCCCAGAGCCAAGCUCAGCAGGUGCAGCAAAUAAUGGGCUGCCAGCCAGACAUCACCAUGGAGUGCAGCGGCACCAAGGCGGGACUCACCCUCGGCAUCUACGUGACCAAAUCUGGCGGAAAGUUGGUACAGGUGGGAGUGGGACCCUCUGAGGUCACCGUUCCCCUGACGCACGCUGCGGUGCGAGAGGUUGACAUUUUAGGUGUCUAUCGUUACGUUAACUGCUUCCCCAUCGCCAUCGACCUGCUGGCCAAGAAGCUGGUGGACGUGAAGCCUCUCAUCACGCACCGCUUUAAUUUUGAAGAGUUCCAGAAGGCAUUCGACAUGUUCCACUCGGCAGAGGACGGCGCCGUCAAGUGCAUGAUUUCGUGCUAACGGAGCUGCAACGACGACCAACUGAUCAGCUUUGCUCUACAAAGUGCCAUUUUUGUUGAAACAUUAAUAACCCGUGUAUCAGUAAAGCCUUCACUGGGCA